GCUUUAAAUACACUAUAGCCAGCUGAAAAUCACAUUCGAUUCCAACAAAAUGCCGGACAACCAACUAGACGACUGGGAUGAUACGUCCAAAAAAACCAAGAAAAAGCGGGUAAUGUGCUGUCCCAAAGAUCUGCCAAAGAAACCGAAACCAGAACCAAAGAUCAAACCACCAAAGCCGGUUGUAUGUGAUCCCAUAGAGAAACCGCCGAAGAAGCCAAAGGAAGCUGUGAAGCCCGCAUGCGAGCGGCCGCCACAUUAUCGCUCCGGCAGCGAGCAACGCGCCUAUCUGCAGCAGGAGGUGGUGCCCAUAUUGAUGGAGGGCAUGCUGGGGCUGGCACGCGACCAGCCGCGAGAUCCGAUCAGCUAUCUCGAGAAGUUCUGGCUGAAGGAGCAGCAGAAGUGCGAUAUACCACUGCCGGACGAUCUGCUUUAGAUGAAGCUCCUCCAAUCUGUGUAUACAAAUUUUAAAAUGCAUCAAUAAAUGUUCCCGGUUCAAGUUUGA